CUAAGAGCUACUGGUGCAGGGAGAGUGAACAGGAUGCUCCUAGGCUCAUACACAGACCCAGCAGGUGGGAGAGUAAGCAUGCACGUGUGAGAAGUAAGGAAGGAAGGAGUGGGAGAGCCAGAGAAAGAGAGAGAGAAAGAGAAGGACAGAGAGAGAAAGCGAGAGAGAGAGAGAGAGCGAGAGAGAAGGGACAGGAAGAGAAGCACAGCGAGAAGCCACCCUCCUCCCACAAAAAAAAAAAACAGAACUCAGAACUACAGGAAGGAUGGGAAACAGCAAGAGUGGCGCCCUGUCCAAGGAAAUCCUGGAGGACCUGAAACUGAACACCAAGUACAGCGAGUCCGAGCUCGUCACUUGGUACCAGACCUUCCUCAAGGAGUGCCCCAGCGGGCGUAUCACCAAGGAGCAGUUUGAGGGCAUUUACGCCAGCUUCUUCCCGGACGCCGACUCCACCGACUACGCGCGGCACGUCUUCCGCAGCUUCGACACCAAUGCCGAUGGCACACUGGACUUUAAGGAGUACAUUGUGGCCCUGCACCUCACCUCGUCCGGAAAGACCACACGGAAGCUGGAGUGGGCCUUCUCGCUGUAUGAUGUCGACGGCAACGGCACCAUUAGUAAAAACGAGAUCCAGGAUAUUGUCACGGCAAUAUUCAACAUGACUCCCUCUGAGGACCAAAAACAUCUUCCAGACGACGAAAGCACGCCCGAAAAACGAACAAACAAAAUCUGGAACUAUUUCGGAAAGGAUGAAAGUGAUAAAAUUAAAGAGGGGGAGUUCAUACAGGGCGUGAUGGACAACGUCGACAUCCUCCGGUUGAUGCAGUACGAUGAGCCGCAGAAGAUCAGAGACAAACUGAAGGAAAAGAAAUAGUCAAAUGUUUAAUGGAUGCCAUGGAUCACUCUAGUCCAUCUCUACUGUGAAGACUGUUCAAAGCCUCAUUGUUUACACACAGAAAACACAUACAUACACAUAUACACACCCUGUCUCUCUUCACUGAUCAGGGACCUGGAUAUGUGCAAGGCUGAACACAAUAAUCGUGUCCGUGUUAAUUAUUUUUUUUCAACGUAGCACAAAGUUCCAGUCUAGUCGCGGUUCGACCAUGGCACGAAAGGACAGCCGGCAAACCCAGGGCAGAGGUCCUAACCAAUCAAUGGAGUUCAGUUCAAACUAGAUUUCAGUUGACUGAGCGCUUACCGAGACCUCAGACCACUACUGUGAUUGCUACCUGUAACAACAAUACAAGACAAAUCCUCAAUAGAGCCGGUGUUCUGCUGUGGUUAUCAAUUACCCUUAUUCUUAUGAAUUCUCUUAGAAUCUAUGUCAUUUUAGAUCAUUAUGGGCAAUGGUUUCGUGUAAUUGUACUGAAUAGAUAGCUUAUUAUGUUGUUGUUUUGUGGGUGUGUGUGUGUGUGAGAGAUUUGCUCCUGUAACCGAUUGUUUUGUUAUGUUAUGAAGUGAGCUUUGUAGGUCUAUUUCCAUAGAGAUUUGCUGUCAGCAGGCUAACCUAGAACAACCCUCUUUAAUCCAGCAUAUUUAAGAUCCCGUUGGGUUCUGAGAUGACGGUAUUGACUGGUUACGUACAUGCAAAUCUCUGCACCUCUGCCUCAGUCAUUCGACAUUACUUGCCUUUUAGACAUUACCAAUGGAAGGCUUGUGUGUUUUGCUUUGGUGACAUAAACCGUUGGCAAAAAACUACACUUCAGGUGAAAGGAUGGAAAUCUCGUCACGUUUCAUACACUAAGUAAUUCCAUUCACAGUCUACAGUGCUGUAGUUUUGGUCCCCAAAGAACCUCUGGUCACAUGUUAAGUGAAGAUGUGUUAACUUUUUAUCAGUUUUUUUGGAUCUACAAAUUUUGCUUUUAAUAAACAAAAUGUAAUUUAA